AUGGCCAAGCCGCAAGAUGAUGUCGUUAGGGCGCUGCAGGAUUACACAACAUGCGACGUCUCGGAUGCCCUCUGCAAGUUGAAAUACCGCAACGGCGGCUUUCUCUCCGGCCUAACCAUGUGGUCGCCGCAGCGGCAGGACGGCCCUACCAAGAUUGCCGGUCCCGUCUACACGGUCAAAUACGUGCCCCUCGAUGACCCAGCACCAAAACAUCCAACGCAUUACAUCGAUUCCGUGCCCAACGGCGCAGUCGUCUUCGUCUCCUGCCCCCGGAAGACACCGAACGCUGUCUACGGCGGCCUCAUGUCGGCGAGGGCACAGUUCAGCGGCGCCGUAGGGUCCGUCAUCGACGGUCGCUUUCGGGAUCUGCAGGAGCAGCGGGAAUUGGGAUACCCGGUCUAUGCCCGCGACGUGGGUACGGCCCCUCCGGCGGAACUGCUCAAGGUGGCGGCUGUCAACGUGCCUGUGCAGCUCCAGACAGAUGAGCAAGACAUGGUGAUCCGGCCUGGCGACUACAUCGUUGCCGACCUGAAUGGCGUUGUGGUCUUGCCCGUCGAGUUGGCGGAGCAGGCCCUUCCGCUGAUGAAGAAGCAGGUCGAGGCGGACGAGAGGAUGGCCGUCGAGAUUAGGAAGGGCAUGAGCUUCAGCGAGGCCAGUCAGAAGUUCAGGUGA